AUGGGAGACGCGGUUAAACGAUAUCUGGUCAAGGCUUCUCUGGCCUCCGAGUCGCUAUUGGCCUUCAUUUUGUGAAACCUAACUGAAGACAAAAAAUUUACAACCGAUGUAAAGGCUCAGUUGCAGCAUAUGUGUAGCGUCCUUCUUCUGAGGUUAAAGACGGUUAAUCUUUCCGAAUUGAUAGAGGAGAAAUUGCUUCCAUGCGUAGUGCAUCAUGUUGAACACUUGUUGGCCCUGAACAAUUAUUUCUUCGAGCCAUCUAGUCUUUCUAGUAGAGACGACGCUACUCCUUUUUUGCCCCCCGCCGAUGAGGUAAUUCUUCAGCGUCUGUACUCGGCGGCUCAUCUUCAUCCAGCCCUUCAGUCACGGCAAUCAGAGUCCCUCUAUCUACAGGGUAUUGUCCGAUGCCUUUUACCCCACCUCCUUAUUCCCCCUGGCCUAAAACGGAGAAAGAAGCCUACACGAAGGAAGUCAGUUCCUUCGGACGAGGUUUCCCGUUUGAAUAACCUUGUCGACCAGGCAUUUUCUUCGGCCCAGUUCCAUCACCAGCUUCCAAAACAGAUGGCAACACGUUUGAAUCGUCCUGUUCAGUACGAUUCCGGUCCGAACUACACACAGGUUUCUCAGUGUGCGCGGGCUUUUCUCACCGAAGUUCUUGCCAAUCAUGUGCUCCUACCUGCUCUUGACUCAAUCGCCAACCCUGAUUCACUGAACACCGUUUUCUUGUACUUAAUCGAUCCGAUCGCCGACGACACUGAUUAUCCGCCCGAUGCACCAAUGGUACCUCUGCUAAAUGCGUAUAUCGAUGAUUGGAUUAAAUCGACUGAAGAAAUGCCUGCGACGAACCGAAUGGAGGCGCUUCUGCAGCAGCCAAAACAGCUUGCCAACUUUGUGCAAUACAUGAAGUCAAUUAAUUGCUCCACCACCAUGACCAUCCUCCUGCUUAUGUUUGAAGUUGUAAACAAAAUCGAGACUGAGUCACUUUCGCCCGAGCUCUGUGAUCGAUUGAAGCUGCCCCUGCACCAGCUCCUCUUUCUCCUCCACUGCGGCCGAGUGCUUGCCGGAGACGAACUCGACCACCAGACCAUGACAGGCCGCGAUCUGUUGCCGCGCACCUGCAGCGAAUGCGGCUGUGACAUCCCCCCAGCAAACGCUCCACAACUGCCCACACUACUCGGUCUACCGGAGGAGAUUACUGCGGCAAUCGCAGAGGCUAUUUCUGCAUCAGCGGUUGAUCCUCUCAGCGUCGCGAGGCUUGUUCACACGCCUGAAUGGACUAUCUCCUACAAGACAAUAUGCAGGACCAUGGAGACUUUGUACCUCCCCGCUUACCUUGAAAGUCCUGAAUUCCUCGGCAAAGCUGGCAGCGGUCUGGUUUCGCCUAGUCCCUCACGCUCGUUUUUCCCUACCGAUGAGGCUCUUUUAAAGUCUGACGCGGAAAACGCCGUUGGCACCAAUGAAUCGGUAAUUUCACGGCGGUUCUACAAGUCGCCUGGACACAGCAACUCUUUCAAUAACCUAAACGAACUCAAUCAUCGUGGAGUCGCGUCGACCAACCCAAAAGCCAAAGAUGACAUGGUAACAACCACGAAAAAUUCCAGCCGUCUGAAGUUCCGCCGCCGUGUGUCUGUGGCCCCCCCGACCUCAGAGUCAUCGGCUGUCGAAUUGGAGGACCUGGAUUUCUCCAAGUGGCGCGUGUCGAUCCCGUUCUACGCCCCCACCAAAGCCUCCUCCAGGGGCAAUCUCAUGAUGAACACUCUGAAGCCGACGCUUUUAAACCCUUCGCCAUCUGAACAGCCUGACUUUUCUCUCUUCAGCUUUUCGUCUUCAUGUCAGGGUUACUUUAUCAUCAUUUCCGAACGCGAAGUUAGGGAUAAGAAGAUCAUCAGUAGGGUUCAUAGGAAGUUCUCGGAGUUCUACGUGUUGGAGCAGAGACUGGUUGAGUUUCACGGCUCGCACAUUUCGUGUCGCUUGCGCCCGCGCCGGCCUCUUGGUGCCCAUUCUCACCAAUUCUUGGAGAAUAUGAAGUCCUACUUUGAACGAUUCCUCAGGUAUUUGCUGGGACAACCAUUCCUGCGAACCAGCGAACUCAUGUACACCUUUCUGACGGCUUCCAAUGUGGAAUUCACGAGCAGCAAUCUGCCAGACAUUCGCCUUGGCAGGAUCGUCAAGUCUGUGCCCAUUCUUCUGGCGAAGGAGAAAGGACAGUACACAGACGAAUUCCUGACGGUCUUCCGGUCCUCCUGUUUCGCCCAGCCCGUCAUUGCGCCAUCCAGUCAGUCAGCACUUUCCACCAACGGCAGCUCCAAUGACCGGGUUGUCCGCACGCCGAAUUCAAUCCUGGAUCGUAGAUUGCGAUCCAAACUGUACUGGAAUAACGCGGGCAUUUCAAUUCUCCAAAAACAUUUGCAAACCUCGAAGUAUUGUGCCAUGGAGGGCUCCUACGUGACGUGCUUCUAUGACUUGUUUGGCUACCUGGUGGAUAACUUUCGCAAACCUACUCCAAAGAAGGCAUCCGUUGAAGGAAGUGCGCCCUUCACUGAUCCACCGCCUACCCCGCCUCCUUCUGACUGGAUCGGAACACUUUCGGCCUUGAAUUGGCUUCGUCACACUGCCAGCGUCUGCUGGACCGCUCUCAAGGCCUACUGGUACGAUAUGAUCGAUGCUCUGCGGCGCAACGGUUGGCUCCCAAGGAGUGUUCGGCAGGACGUUAGCCGAUCCGUCACUUCGAGCGCCGUUGUCGAUGAAUCGCCCACAGGGGCCUCUCUCCCAAGUCUCCUUCGUCGCGCCAUCAUAAACGUAGGACUGGCGUUGCGGCCGACCUGGUUCCACGCCCUGGCAGACCUCCAUUUGCGGAGCCAGGUAGAUCAGUUCUUGCACCUCCUGGUGAGGAAUGACUACCUGGCCCCGAUGCUCCUGCUUCUUCGAGAUUCCAUCUUCUUCCCGGCUCCGCCAAGGAGUGAUCGGGAGAAGGCGGCGAGGCGCGAAAAGGUCUACGCUGGAUUGCGCAAAUUGACAAGCCGUUUCCAUUUGCAGUGGUUCUCUGAGGACGACACGUUCCAGCGUCGCCUUGGACGAGCCGUCGAGGUUUUCCAGCACGGGAAAUGGAACAAGCAAUUGACCUAUGUCCUCCUCGAUCACAUCCUGGUAGCCCUCUUCCCAGAUGUCUUUACAUCACCCGCCAAGACCAAUGAUGAUGAUGAUGGUGAUCCCCCCGAGUAA